AUGCCGCUGCUGCUCCCUGCGGGGUCCGCAGAAGAGUUCAUGGUCCUGGGCCCCACGGAGCCCCUGGUGGCCGUGCUGGGCGGGGACGUGGAGCUGCCCUGCCGCACUGCCCCGGCCAGGAGCGCGGAGAACAUGCAGCUGCGCUGGUUCCGCUCCAAGUUCUCCGAGGCCGUGCUCAUCUACGAGGACGGCAGGGAGCAGCCCGAGGAGCUGAUGGCCCAGUACGCAGGGCGGACCUCGCUGGUGACGGAGCUCCUGGGCCAGGGGCAGGCUGCUGUGCUCAUCCGCGACGUCCAGGCCUCCGAUGACGGGUCGUACUCCUGCUUCUUCAGAGAGGGAGAAUUCUAUGAAGAGGCCAGCUUGGAGCUCAAGGUGGCAGGUGUGGGCUCUGCCCCCCGAGUGCGCAUCACGGGGCCGGAGGAGGACGGCGUCCGCGUGGAGUGCGCGGCCUCGGGGUGGUUCCCGAAGCCCCAGGUGCACUGGCGAGGCGGCGGCGGAGCGCAGUUCCCGGCGUUCUCCGAGGCCCACGCCCAGGACGCCCGCGGGCUGUUCAGCGUGGAGGCCGCGCUGGUGGUGAGAGACCGCUCUGUGGGCAACGUGACCUGCUCCUUGCACAACCCCAUCCUGGGCCAGGAGAAGGCUGUGGCCAUUUUCAUCCCAGAGCCCUUCUUCCCCCAGGCCCCUCUCUGGAAGGUGACUUUCUGGGUGAGCCUGGCCGCGCUGGGGCUCCUGCUCCUGGGGGCUGGCUACUGCGCCCACAGAGAACAUUCCAGGAGACUGCGGGCGCUCAGGGACCGGGAGACCCUGCUCCGGGCUAAGGAGGAAGACCUGCGGGCAAAGGAGGCGGCGCUGAGGGCCACAGAGGGGCAGGCCCAGGGCGGCGCCAGCCCUCGGGGAGACCAGGGAGACCCAGAGAGGGCUCUGCAGGCUCGGGGUCUGCAGUGGGACCUCAGGCUAGAGCGGCUCUCCCGCCCCCUGUCCCUCCUCUCAGGGAUGGCAGCUCAUGCUGUUCUCACUCUGUUUCAGGGGAACUGCAGGACCAGCUCGGAUGGAGGAGGAGCGUGUACCUGGCUGCCUGGAGGAAGGCCCAGCUGUAUGCAGAUUGGCGGCAGGAGAAGUUCCCGGCCUGUGAGGCCUGUCACUCUGGACCCAGGCUCUGCGGAUCCCAGCCUUGUUGUCUCUCAGGAGAGGAGGAGAGUGACCUUGAAGGAGACCUGUGAGGAUUCUGGAGGCAGCGGCAGCGUGUUGGGCCUGGAGGGCAUCACAGCAGGGCGCUGUCACUGGGAGGUGGAGGUCCCCGAUGGGGACCGAAGUGAGUGGGUUCUGGGGGUCUGCCGGGAAGAUGUGAAAAGGACCGGCUGGUACGUAGAGUCCCCAGAAAAGGGGUUCUGGGUUGUGGGGCAGUUUGAAGAUGGAUUUUGUCCCUGCCCUAAGGAUGGCACUCCUUUACCCCUGAGGCAGCUUCCGCGCAGGGUAGGGGUGUUCCUGGACUACAGCGAAGGGGACGUCUCCUUCUACGACAUGACGGAAGGCUCCCACAUCUUCUCCUUCCCUCGGGCUUCCUUCUCCGGGACCCUCUUUCCAUACUUCAGGUUGAAGUCAGGAGUUGGGUCCUUGACCAUCUGCCCCAUGGCGGGUGUGUCCGAGGGGCUCCCUGUGCCCCAUAACAAUUCUCCUUGCGAGGAGCCUCUGAGCCCCCCAGGCUCUAGUGCUGAUGGGGCUGAAUCUCCAUUACUCCCCGGCAACGAGGCGGCUGCGCCCCGCCACUGUCCCUGA